GCGGUUAGUCGCUCUGUGUCGUUCCUAGCGAGCAAGCCGUCUUUUUUUCUAUACAGAUCUGAAACUGGGGCUACGCCACGCGGUUAACGGUUUUCAUUUUUCGCUUGUGAUAUAACUAAAAAUUACUCUGCCAUUAGAAUACUGAAGAUUUGCGAGAUGAGCACUCAGGCUGAUGAAAUUGCGCCAGCUUCGCCCCAACCAGAGGACUUCAAGGCACCCGUAUUCCAGGAUAAUAAAAUAGUGCUCUAUUUUCAUCCGUACAACUUCUACUCGCAAAAAGUUCUGCUGGUAUUUUAUGAGAAAAACAUUGACUUUACACCCUACAUAGUCGAUCUGUGCAACGGCGAACAGUAUUCGAGUUGGUUCCUAAAACUAAAUCCCAAAGGCGAUGUGCCCGUGCUGCAGGAUGGAUCGCUUAUCGUACCCAACUCUCGGAACAUUAUCAACUAUGUGGACAAUAAAUUUCGAGGAAUUCAGUAUCCGGUGCUGAAGCCAUACAACCCGGAUUCCUUAGAAUACGAACAGAUGAUGACCUUUGACCAAGCUGUGACACGCUUGCCGAUUGGCGCAUUGAGUCUGGGCUCGUUUAUCCAUGAUGACAUCAAGCUGGUGCCCAAGGCGCCCUUCAUCGGACCCGUGCGGCAAGCCUGCCUCAAUAACAAUCAAAAAGUUAUGGACAUACUGCGUCGCUCUGUUGCUGAAGUGGACGCAAAGAACACUGCACUGAAACAGAAGCUGGAAUUGCAGAUGCGUCGUCGAGCUUUGAUUGCCUCGCGAAUCGAUUUCCAACGUGUCCUGGAUGCUGUAAGGAGUGUGCUCACCUUUGUGGAACAGGAGCUGUCCAAGCAAACGCCACGCAAAGAGUGGCUGACGGGCGAUGAGAUCACGCUGGCUGACGUCAGUCUGGGCCUGUUGCUGCAGCGUCUUUAUCAGCUUGGCUUCGAGAACUAUUACUGGAGCUAUGGCAAGUUACCGAUGGUCGAGGGCUAUUUUCUGCGCUUCAAACAGCGCCCCUCGUACCACAGACUUGUACCCACGACCAAUUUUGAUAUACUUAAGGAUAUGUGGACGAUGACGCCGCCCAAUUACAAGUUGGGAGCUACUGCCGGCAUCUUGGUUGGGCACAUAAACACAAACAAAAGAACGCUUAAUUCUACAUAACGUGGAUAGAUGGAGAAAGAGAGAGAGAGAGAACGCGGAGCGGAGUGUCGAUUGCCCUAUGAACAGUGCACAAUACCAAAGUGCGAGCCUCAAGCAGCUAUCUUUUAAAUUAUCAUUAAAAUCAUUUGGUAUUAUGUUCUAAUUGGUAAAAAAAACGUUUGCUAGCCAAUACCAUUUUUUUAAAUUAUUCUCCUUUCCAUUAAAAUCAAUUCCUGUUUA